AGGACUGGCUGUGCUCAGCGCCACUUCCGGCUUCCGUCAUUUCAUUCUCCCGCCGAUGCGCGCAGCUCAACUCUCUGCGUUCUAUAAGCGAGCGAGCGGCCGACCUGCCAACACUCACUGACACUCACUCAUCUCAGACCGCGCCAGAGAUCGCCGCGUUUUUACAAACUCUCCUCUUUUCCUUUUUUUUACUGUAGUAAUAAAACAAGAAAGCGGACCGGAGGCAUAAAGGAGACAGGGACUUGUGGGAUGAAAACGGGGCUAAAAAGAUUCAUCCUCUCUUGAACAUCAUCACCAACCAUCAUUCAUUCAUUACCUUGACAACCUCUGGCUUUGAUUGACAGCUGGAGUGGCAAAAAGCCAUGAGACGCGACAGUUUAGUUACACGCAGGUUGUUGAUGGGCCGGCUGUAACCUUCAGUUUGGUGCUCGACUUUUUUUUUCUUUUCUUUCUUUUCUGGGGGGGCAAAGAGGAAAAGAAGAAUAAUUGCAAAACUCUUCCUGAUGCCUGCGCUCGUUCUGGAAAAUAGGAGAAUUGGGCAAGUUGCUUGAAAAAGGGGAUCUAUUGCAGCGCAUGAGUUUGUGAGCGGACUGGGAAAUUAAAUCUACGACACAGAUCCAGAGGUUUAUUGGAGCGCAGGCUGAUGGCGCAAAGGUACGAUGAGUUGGCUCAUUACGGCGGCAUGGACGGGGUCGGUAUGUACGGGGAUCCUCACGCGCCUCGGCCGCUGCCGCAGGUCCAUCAUCUGAAUCACGGACCGCCGCUCCACGCCAGCCAGCACUACGGCACACAUGCCCCCCAUCCCAAUGUCAUGCCCACCAGCAUGGGCUCAGCUGUCAACGACGUGUUAAAGAGGGAUAAAGAUCAAAUUUACGGUCAUCCUCUGUUUCCUCUGCUGGCUCUGGUCUUUGAGAAGUGUGAGCUGGCCACAUGCACUCCCCGCGAGCCCGGGGUUGCUGGAGGAGACGUGUGCUCCUCAGACUCCUUCAACGAGGACAUCGCUGUCUUCGCCAAACAGGUCCGCGCAGAAAAACCUUUGUUUUCUUCGAAUCCUGAAUUGGAUAAUUUGAUGAUACAAGCCAUACAAGUAUUACGGUUUCAUCUUUUGGAGCUAGAAAAGGUGCACGAACUCUGCGACAAUUUCUGCCAUCGGUACAUCAGCUGUUUGAAAGGAAAAAUGCCCAUAGAUUUAGUGAUUGAUGAACGGGAUGGCAACUCAAAAUCAGACCACGAGGACAUCUCGGGAUCUUCAACUAACUUAGCCGAUCAUAUGGGGAACGUGGACGGAUGGAUCCGCUCUGACCGUCUCCAGAACCCAGCGUCCUGGAGAGAUCAUGAUGACGCCACGUCCACACACUCGGCUGGCACGCCGGGACCCUCCAGCGGAGGACACGCGUCACAGAGUGGAGACAACAGCAGCGAACAAGAUGGGUUAGACAACAGCGUGGCCUCACCCGGCACGGGCGACGAUGAUGAUCCAGACAAGGACAAAAAGCGACAGAAAAAACGAGGCAUCUUCCCCAAAGUUGCCACCAACAUCAUGCGGGCAUGGCUCUUCCAGCAUCUCACACACCCGUAUCCUUCAGAAGAACAGAAGAAGCAGCUCGCUCAAGACACAGGCCUCACCAUCUUACAAGUAAACAACUGGUUCAUUAAUGCCAGAAGAAGAAUAGUGCAGCCCAUGAUUGACCAGUCAAAUCGAGCAGGUUUUCUUCUUGAUCCUUCAGUGAGCCAGGGAGCGGCGUACAGUCCGGAGGGGCAGCCCAUGGGCAGCUUCGUGCUGGACGGACAGCAACACAUGGGCAUCCGGCCGGCAGGUCCUAUGAGUGGCAUGGGCAUGAAUAUGGGCAUGGACGGCCAGUGGCACUACAUGUAACGGCUGUACAGUAAAGAAAAGGGGGAAGUCCGCGAGGCGUGCCGGGGGAGUUCGUACCUCAGCGUGGUCCUGUGGGCAUGAGCAUGGCAUCACCGACCCACCCCCCUCCACCGAAAGCCCCUCGUCUCUUGCGUUUGUCACACCGAGCUCCUCGUCACCCUCCGACCCGUGCGGCCAUGCUAAUGCACGGAGACCCCCUCCUCGAGCAGAAAUGACCACGACUCCUCUGACCCCCUGACCACAGCGCUGCUGGACCGGCCAUGACCGAAGGGAACCAACCAAUACCACCACGGAUGAACUGGACAAUAACCCCACGAAAGAUUUUUGAAGGAAAAGCGAAUGCGGUGAAGUAUCCGAAGCUUCACCUGGAAUUCCAGACGAGCCGUGAUCGCUUUUUAUCUUGUGAAUUUUGUUACUUUUGUUGCUGGAGGACCAAGAGCUGACAGAAACACUUUGUAAAGUCUUGGGUGUCUGUUCAAAACAACAGAGGAUGUUUCAACUUAUUAAAAAUACACACACACACAAACACACAUCAUGAUAAAAAAAAAAAAAAAAAAAAAAAAAUGCCAAAAGAGACUCCAAGAGUUCAAACUACUGUAGUAUAAAAGCAUAGAAACUAAAUUAAAUCUUGUACAUUUUUAUCCUCACUCACUUUAUGUUUCAUGAGCUAGUCCUAGAGUAAAUCGUUGCCCUGUUUUUCACACUGUGUGUGCUGACCCCCGAGGCAGAGGAGCUCCGAUCGCGGCAGUAACGGUGAAUCCGCCCCGUCACGGACCACACACCGGUGAUGACGACGACUGAAGCCCGCUCUCUUCACGAGACCCCUCCUCUUUUCCGUCACGCAUUUAACAUUUUUUGGUCCAUGAAUGAAUGUUGCCCUGUAGGUGAAGUUCUUCGUUUGAAUUGCCCAAGCACUGGAUUGUGUUGCUUUUAUACGUUUUUAUUAUUAUUAUUAUUAUUAUUAUUAUUAUUAAUUUUGUAUCUGGGACUCUCAGAGUAAGAGCCUUAUGAAGGACGUGUAUCCUCGAGAACCCACCACCCCGCAGCAGCUGAGCGCGUGCGGACCGAUAUAUCUGCCGAUACGACACUCAAUCCUGUGGCACAUACAGCAGAGAAGCGAGCGACGCGGUGGAAAACUUUAAAAGGAUGAAAAAAAGAAAAAAAGAACUUAAAUUAUGAACUCAAAGCUCGGCGAGAAGCUGAGACAAUAUUGUAAGAAACUUCGUACAGAGUUCAGUCUAUUAAUUGUUUCAUGUUAGAUAUUCUAUGUGUUUACCUCAAUUGAAGACGAAUGUUUUUGCUAGUUUCAGAUCUGCUGUGGCAUUGAUAUUGUUAUGUCCAUGACCCCCUUCCUUUAUCAGCACGUGCUCCACUAGAAGAUGAAAUCCUGUCUCCCUCGAGCUUUGUCAGAAAUACAUUCAGUACUUGUAUGAGGACUGUGGCGUGAUGUUUCAAAGGUGUUCAGUCACAAAUGCUGUAAUAAAUAUUUCAUUUUUGAUUUUGGUA